CCUCUGAAAUAAAUUCUUUGUAAAAAUGAAGAAAAAAGAAAAGCACAACCCUUUCCCGACAUAGCGUAGCAUUGUUAAAUGCAAUUAGAAAGGAAAUCUAAUUCGAAACUCAUCGAAACAAAGUUUUUGUCGACUGGAUCAUCAUCCACGCACUUGAGAGCUCCGCCGCUCCCUUUCGAGAUUUGGUCUCGCUUCCCAAAUGUUGAAGGUUGGCUGAGACUCACUGACUCACUGAGAUGCUGAAGAUGAUGAUGCGGAAUAUAGCUGCUUCUUCUUCUUCUUAUUGCACCAGCAGGAGAUGGAGAGGUAUGCCUUGUCUUCACUCUAACUCCACUCCUGUUGUUUUCGCCAACGAUUACUUUGCUUUCCUUCACUCUCAACCUUCUAAACCAAUCAAAUCUACAAGAACCCAACUAGAGCAGCCAAUGAGAAACUCACCCAAAAUCACAAAUGUUGAGGAUGCUUUCAAUGUGUUUGAUAGAAUGCUUCAAAUGCGUCCUCCGCCUUCAGUUGUUCGUUUCAAUCAAAUAUUGGGUCAAGUUGCAAAAUUGAAACAUUACUCGGCUGUCAUCUCAUUGAAUAACCAAAUGGAUGUGUCGGGAAUUGGACCUGAUGUUUGUACUCUAAAUAUUCUCAUAAAUUGUUAUUGUCAUCUCAACCAAAUGGGGUUUAGUUUAUCUGUAUUGGGAAAAUUCUUCAAACUUGGUCUUAAACCAAAAGUCUCUACCUUCAACACUCUGAUCAACGGCUUUCUUCUCGAGAAUAGAGUGGCGGACGCGGCAGGAAUUUUCAACAAAAUGAUUGCGGGAGGUAAUUGUCAGCCUGAUGUGGUUACUUACGGCACACUAGUAAAGGGCUUUUGCAUGAAAGGUAACAAUAGUGCUGCUAUUCAGUUGCUUAGGAAGAUGGAGGAAGGAGCUUGCAGGCCUGACCGUGUUGUUUAUAACACAAUCAUCGACAGUCUUUGUAAGGAUACACAAGUUGAUGACGCAUUAAACCUCUUCUCAGAAAUGAUCUGCAAGGGUAUUGCCCCAAAUGUCAUUACCUAUAACUCUUUGAUUCAUGGAGUUUGCAAAUUAGGCGAGUGGAAAGAAGCUACAAGGUUGUUGAAUGAAAUGGUGAGUAAAAAUAUCUUUCCAGAUAUGUUCACGUUCAGCGUCUUGGUAGACACACUUUGUAAAGAGGGAAUGGUCGUGGAAGCAGAAGGCGUGGUCGAAAUGAUGAUUCAAAGAGAUAUUGAACCUGAUACAGUUACAUACAAUUCACUAAUGGAUGGUUACUGUUUGCGAGGAGAAAUGGACAAGGCACAAAAAGUUUUUAAACUAAUGCUUAGCAAGGGCUCGAUGGAUGUUGUUAGUUACAGCACAUUGAUAAAUGGAUAUUGUAAGCAUAAAAAAAUUGAUGAGGCCAAGAUGCUUUUUCUGGAUAUGUCUCAUAAGGGACUGGUUCCAAAUACCAUUACUUAUAACACUCUUCUGCACGGUUUUUGCAGAGUGGGUAGAAUAGAUGAUGCACAAAAGUUGUUCUCCGAGAUGCAAGCUUUUGGCCAGCUUCCAAAUGUUCAAACUUAUGCUGUUCUACUGGAUGGCCUAUGUAAAAACCAACUACUUUCUAGGGCAUUGCAAUUGUUUGGAGAGAUGGAAGCGAAGAAGUUGGAUAUUGGUAUUGUGAUUUACAGUAUUCUUAUUGAAGGUUUGUUUAUAACUGGAAAAACUGAAUCUGCAAGGGAUCUCUUUUGUGGUUUAUCAUCGAAAGGACUUCAACCUAAUGUGAGGACAUACACUAUAAUGAUUAAUGGACUCUGUAUCGCGGGCCUAACAAGUGAAGCAGAAAAGUUGCUUGUCGAAAUGGACGAGAAAGGCUGUUCUAAAGAUGAUUGCACCUAUAACACAAUUAUCAGAGGCCUUAUCAAUAACAAUGAGAUAUCAAAGGCGACGGUACUUAUUCAACAAAUGGUGGAGAAGGGUUUCUCUGCAGAUGCAUCAACAAUGGAGUUGAUAGUGAAUUUACUGUCGAAAGAUGAAGUGGAUCCUGCUUUGUUACUGUUGAUAAAAGGACCACUGUGAAAUUAAUAUGCAUCUGUGGACAAUGAAAUUUGAAACUGCUGCACCUUUUGACGACCAUGAAGGCAUUUCAGUGGUUUGUGCGUAUGGUAGGAGGUGAAAAUGCCUUCUCACUUGUUUCCUUAAUUUCUGGCAUUAAUUCUGUUUAAUGGCAUAUCUAGCACUCAUUUGAAUUUUUCCCUUUAUCUAUGAUGGUUUAUUUACUUUGUAUUCCUAUCACUUGGCAUCUUGCAGUAUAUAGGAAGGCCAAAUAUAUAAAUUUAGGUGUGCCUUCUCACGACUCUCCUAGCUUGAAAAUGUUUCUACAGAUAUUGUGUCUACUUAUUCGUGUAUCAGAAACUUUGUCAAAGCAUAGACCAUUAUAGGUUAAAUCAAUUGACUUUGACUUCAAAAUUCAAAUGUGUCUAGUUAUCUACAGAGGAUUUGGCUUCCAUGAGCUCGCGACGUUGCUCGGAGACGGCGAAUAAAACGUCGUCGCUGUCGUCAUCGGGUGUCAAGCUGCUGUUCUACAGUAGGUUGCACCUAUAACACAAUUAUCAGAGGCCUUAUCAAUAACAAUGAGAUAUCAAAGGCGACAGUACUUAUUCAACAAAUGGUGGAGAAGGGUUUCUCUGCAGAUGCAUCAACAAUGGAGUUGAUAGUGAAUUUACUGUCGAAAGAUGAAGUGGAUCCUGCUUUGUUACUGUUGAUAAAAGGAUCACUGUGAAAUUAAUAUGCAUCUGUGGACAAUGAAAUUUGAAACUGCUGCACCUUUUGACGACCAUGAAGGCAUUUCAGUGGUUUGUGCGUAUGGUAGGAGGGUGUUAUGUGCUUGAGCUGUUUGCAAUGCAGAUGGCAAUUUUGCUUGGGAUUGGAAGUCAUCAUUUCCUUUCUCAUUCGUGUCAAUGGACUACUGAAGUGACUGAAUAUGCUCAUCUCCAAUACGAAAGACCUUUAGUCCCUCUCAGCACAUGAAAAUCCGAUACUUUCUAAAUGCUACACUUGAGUUUAGCUGCACCCCAUGUUGUGGUUUUCUCUCGUUUAGUUGGCCAACCCUUGGUCCUUAUGAAACAUGAGGCCAUUGUCCAAAACAUGCUCAUGCUUUCUAGAUAUUAACAGUUAUCAGGUCGGUGUGGUAUUUUUGCAGUGUGUUUCAUAUCUCUUCAUAUCCGGGUCCGGCAGCACAUAAAAAUGUAUACACAGCAAAUUAUUGUUGUUAGGCUUUGACAAGUAUAACCUUGGAAUUGUUCUCGUUUGUGUUCUGUGUCUGGCCAAAAUAGACAACUUUGGCGAGCAUUUAUGAUGCAUGAGAUACAGGAUUGGGUUAGGCACUCUCAUAAAUUAGUUUUUUGUAUAUAGGAGAGUGA